UGAAGACAAAUCUCUGAGCUUUUGUAUAAGUUUUGCUUUUAAAAAGAGAAGUUGGUUAUUUGUGCUGCUGCUCAUCAACAGAGAAUCUACUAGUUAUCUGUUCCUAAAACUAUACGGCUUUGAUCUGCCCCAACACAAGAGAUGAAGGAGGAAUGUGGGAGUUUCAUGGCGGCCCUGUCUGUGAACGUGGUGACAGUCAACAUUUUACUGAGUGUCUUCUUUCUUUCAGAUGUUUUGGCUGCUUGUGGGAUGACAUCACAUCUCUCCAUCACAACACCAAAGGAGAUGGAAGCACUGAGUGGAUCUUGUUUGCAAAUCCCAUGUAGCUUUAAUCCAUCAGGCACCACGUUUAACAGCCAGGCAGAGAUCUUUGGAAUUUGGAUUAAAAAUGAAUCAGACUUUCGCAAGAAGGAAAAUGUCAUUUUCAACAGUAGUAAAACAGAUAACGUCUAUCCAAUGGAAAUUAUUGGAAAACUGAAUGAGAAAAACUGCACCACUCUGUUUUCUAAUUUAACCACAAGUCAUACAAACACAUACUUCUUCAGAAUUGAGAGCAAACCGUACAGAGCAACGUCUGUUUGUGAUCGUCUUCAAAUAAGAGUUAAAGAUUCUCCUCAGAGACCCAGAAUAGAAAUCUCAGGUGAUGUGAAGGACCUGAAGGAGAAGGAGUCUGUCACUAUAACCUGCUCAGCUUUCACUCCCUGUCCACACUCCCCUCCUGAACUCACCUGGAAUCUCCAACAAGACUCUCACAGACAAACAGAGGAAAACACAGAUGGAACCUUUACAGCUAAAUUCCAGAAGAACAUCACUCUGUCACACACACAUGAUGGAUACACCAUCACAUGUUCUGCCAGAUAUCCUGUGGAUGGAGGAAAACGUGUGAACACAUCAGAGACAGAAGAGACUCUCAGUGUUUCAUAUGCUCCUAAAGACACCUCAGCAUCCAUCAGUCCAUCAGGUUUGGUGUCAGCAGGUAGCUGGGUGAAGCUGAGCUGCUCCAGCAGAGCCAAGCCUCCCGUCAGCAGCUUCACCUGGUUCAAGAUCAGCACAGAGGGACCCGUUAAUGUGUCUGAGGGACCGGUUCACAGCUUCAAUGCAACGGAUGGAGGAGUUUAUUACUGUGUGGCUGCUAAUGGCUUGGGAAAUCAGACGUCCCAAACAAUCCGUCUUAAUGUUACAGGUUACUCUGAUGGAUAUACUGCUGUACCCUGGGAGGCUGUUCUUGGAGGAGUAAUUGGGAUUCUUCUCUUUGUUGUGUGUGGUUGUAUUUGUUUGAGGAAAACAAAGGCAGCAAAUUCAAAUGAACAUCAGCUCCAGAAUGAAACAAGCAAAGAGAAGGCUGUUCAAGAACUGGGAACAAAAUCAGAACAAGGAGAAGAAGAAAACAUUCAUUAUGGAGAGAUUAAAUUCUCCAAGCAAACAGCGGAUCCGUCCUCUGCAUCAGUGCAAGACAACAGACAAGACCUAGAAACUGUGUAUGCACAGGUUAAAGCAACUGAGCCACCAACCAGAGAAACGGUUGAGAAUCCAGAAGCCCUUUAUGCUCAAGUGAAGACAAAUUAGCUUUUGUUUUGCUUUUUUCUAAUUAAAAAUAAAUAUGUUCAAUAUUUCACUUCUACCAGGUGCUAAGUCUUAUUGGACAUAAAGGACACUGGGACGCUGUUUAGUUCCUCAAAAGGAAACUUAUCUCCACACCUUGCAGCAGUUAUAGAUGUGUGUGCUGUCAUGUAAUUUGGUUUGUGCAGCUCACACUGAUUGUAAAUAGAGGUCUCACAUCUUCAAGGAAACUAUGGGUUCAAUAUUAAGUCAAGACUUUCAAUUGCAGUCAGAGUUUGCAUCUGUAAAUCAAGCUUGUUGGAAAGGCUGUUUAUAAGGUGUGUGUGUUUGCCCUCUGCUGGCGAGUGUGUACAACUGCACUAUUGAGCACAUGGACGAAAAAUGUGAAAAUGAAACUUAUGAGCAGCUGUAGCAACUAGAGAACGGACUUUUAAGUUGGACUGCAACCUAAUGUUACGAGUGGUGUGUGAAGUUAUAUUUCUGCCUAAACGGCAUGUUUGUAUUCUUUCUAAUGUUAUUUAGGUCAUUUGCUUAUGUUAAAUGUUUAUCCCUUUGCCACGAGGCUCGUACAUGCUGUUAAGCUAGCUGACCCGUUAUAUAAUGAGUAACUGUUAGCCUUUCACAAGUUGGUAUAGACUGAAGAAACUGGUGGGAAAUUAGUGAUGGUCCAUAACUGGAAUGGGGUUAUUGUGUGAAACUACAGAACAGAUUUGCUUCGCUGUUGUUGCGCUCUCUGCUCCGUCAGAUUGGGAGAGGUACGUGGUUGUUUUGGGAGCUAAAAUGAGAGACAGAGACACAGCGUCUUCACUCCAUUUCGCUUUAUUCCAUCAAAACCAAUAACCCGCGUCAUCACUGUGCGAGCGCACAACACAACUCUCUGCUGGUCAAGACCAAUCAAUCAUGCAAUCAUCAAACUCUUACUAAAUUGAAAAAACUUAUAAAUUUUGUACAUAGUCUUUUCACCUUUUGUAACAAUCAUGAAAAACCCAUCAUGAAAUGACUUUUUUUACUCAUGUAAUUUCACUAUUAAA